AUAGAGAUGAAAGCAUAGAACGAUACCGUUGUGAGCAACGGCGGGGUCCCAUUUUGAACGGAAGUUUAGAAUUUGUGUCACUCUAGGGUCCCCCACUUUAUUUCAAUGAAAGCCACAAUAGACACCGAGAAAAAUAACGCUCCAUCAUUUUUAUACUACUGUGUGCGCCUGCGCGGAAGCGAGCGCCGGUUUCCAAGCGACCAAUAGAUCCGAUGAAGAAUCGCGCGAGAAUUCAAUACUGGAAAGACGGAGGAGGAAGCCGCGCGAGUGUGGUCGAGUGGUUACUUCAACGUGACGUUGGCUUGACUCGCUGAGCCGUGGCGUCAGAUGACAGUUACAGGAAUGGAGACUGACACUGUAAGAAGCAAAGUUGUCGAGAAAGAAACCACUGAACAGCAAAAGGAACGUGACAAAAAGAAAAGGUCUAGAGUUAAACAGGUGCUUUCAGAUAUAGCAAAGCAAGUGGACUUCUGGUUUGGCGAUGUCAAUCUCCACAAAGACAGGUUUCUUCGAGAACAAAUAGAAAAGUCUAGAGAUGGUUAUGUUGACAUAUCACUUCUAGUUUCUUUUAACAAAAUGAAAAAAUUAACUUCUGACCGAAAACUAAUAGCACGAGCAGUUAAAAAUUCAUCUGUUGUAGAGUUGGAUUUAGAAGGAAUUAGAAUCAGACGAAGACAACCCCUGGGUGAGCAACCUAAAGAUGUGGAUGGUCGUACAGUAUAUGUGGAGUUGCUUCCUAAAAAUGUCAAUCACAGCUGGAUUGAACGGGUAUUUGGGAAAUGUGGCAAUGUAGUUUAUAUCAGCAUUCCACGUUAUAAGACUACUGGGGACCCAAAGGGAUUUGCAUUUGUUGAAUUUGAAACGAAAGAACAAGCAGAAAAGGCAAUUGAGUUCUUGAAUAACCCACCUGAAGAUGCACCAAGAAGACCUGGGAUGUUCCCCAAAACAGUUAAAAACAAGCCUGUUCCUGCAUUGACAGCUAGUGAUUCUAGUGUUGUUGAAGAAAAGAAAAAGAAAAAGAAGAAGAAAUCCAAAACAAAGAAGGAAAGUAGCCAGCCAGCAACUGUGGAUACAAAAGACUCAAGCAUGGACACUGCUUCAGAACAUGCAGGCAGAUCAAAGAGACAUAGAACAACAUCAGAAAGCUCUGAAAUGGAAGCAUCAGAGGCCCAGUGGCAUUCUUCAAAAAGAGAGAAAAAGAGAACAGAUAGAACAGAAAGCUCAGGGUCCGGAGAUAGCAGGCCGGGCAAGAGGAAGCGCAGCCAUUCUGGGGAUGUGGAGGUGUCCGUUGUAAAGGUAAAGAAGACAACUCAAAAAGACAACAUACAUUCUGCCGGAGAGGGAUCUACAGAAGGUCCAGAGGAUUCCAAGGAACUUUCCACUGAAGAAGAGAGGGAGAGUAAGAAAGAUACCUCUCUUUCAAAAUCCAAAAGGAAGCACAAGAAAAAACAUAAGGAACGGCACAAGAUGGGAGAAGAGGUCAUUCCACUGAGAGUGCUUACAAAGAGUGAAUGGAUGCAGCUGAAGCAAGAGUACUUGGCUCUACAGAAGGCCAGCAUGUCAUCUUUAAAAAAAGCAAUGGCCCAAAUAAAAACCAUGACUGUGGAGGAAAUGGAAGCCGAGGACUGUAAACCAAUCAAGACUGAAACAAACAAUGGAAAAUCAGCUACCUGUGCUGGUUCAGCCCCUGCUGAGAAAGCUCCCACAAUGGGGCCCCAGUUUGAGAGUGGAGUAAUUGUGAAGAUCAUUAGUCCUGAGCCUCUGCCUGGCAGGAAGCACAUCAAGGACAUAUUAGCAGCAUUGGCCGAUGUUGCUUAUGUUGACCUAUUGGAAGGAGAUAAUGAAUGUCAUGCCCGUCUUAAAACUCCUGAAGAUGCACAGACUGUACUAAAGUCACAUAAAGAACUUCAGACUAAAAACAACUGGAAACUUGAAAUCUUAUCAGGUGAUAAUGAACAAAGAUAUUGGCAGAAGAUUUUGGUGGAUCGGCAGGUUAAACUCAAUCAACCACGAGAAAAGAAACGGGGCACACAAAAGCUAAUUGCCAAAGCUGAAAAAAUGCGACUGGCCAGGACUCAGGAGAUAAGCAAGCACAUCCGUUUCUCUGAAGAUGAGUAAAUGGGUCUGAUUUUUACCUGUAUGAAAAACUUUCAAAGUUACUCAACUAUUCUUAUGAAGAAAAUCUAUUUGCUUCAUAAUAAUACCAUAGGAUACAAAUAAGAUUUCUCUUAACCCCAGUUCUAAUCCAGUACACGGGAUGAAUUUGUAUUGCUGCUUGGGGCUACUUUUGGGGGAAUGUAUGUUUUUUUCAUCUCUUUUGUAAUUUGCAUUUUUAUGAAUUGCUGAAAAAGAGAACCAAAUAAACAUGUAGAAUCCUUCAAUAAACAAGUUUUAUAUUUGUUCCUGAA